CUUGAGCCCAGCAUCACAUCGUCUCACCAAGCAGCAGCUAGCUAAGCUAAGCCUAGCCAAAGCUUCUCUAGCUUCGGUAGUCCAGGAAACAUGAGGCUCGCGGUGGUUCUCCUCUGCGCCCUGGUGGCCGUCCAGGUCGCGCUCCUCGCCGCCCCGGCGGAGGCCGGCGAGCUGGUGGUCGGGUACUACGACAAGAAAUGCAGGGGCGUGGAGAACGUCGUCCAGUGGCACGUCAGGAGGGCGCUCAAGACCAACCGCCGCGCCGGUGCCGCCCUCGUCCGCCUCCUCUUCCACGACUGCUUCGUCAGGGGUUGCGAUGCCUCUGUGCUCCUUGACGCGUCCCCCGAGAACCCUCACCCGGAGAAGGAGGCGCCGGUGAACAUCGGGCUGGCCGCCUUCGACCUCCUGGAGGAGAUCAAGGCGGCCGUCGAGGACAGGUGCCCCGGCGUGGUGUCCUGCUCUGACAUCCUCAUUUACGCAGCCCGUGACGCGGCCCACGCCCUCAGCAAUGGCAACAUCCACUUCGACGUCCCUGCCGGGCGCCUCGACGGCCUCGUCUCCUCGGCCGCCGAGGCCCAGGCGGAGCUCCCGGACUCCACCUUCACCGUGCAGCAGCUCAUCGACAACUUCGCACGCAAGGACUUCGACGUGGAGGAGCUGGUCAUCCUGUCCGGCGCGCACUCCAUCGGCGUCGGCCACUGCUCCUCCUUCACCGGCCGCCUCACCGCGCCGCCGGAGCAGAUCAACCCGGCCUACCGCAACCUUCUCAACCACAAGUGCCACCAGGGCGCCAACCCGGCCGUCGUCAACAACGUCCGCGAUGAGGACUACGAGACGGUGUCCAAGUUCAUGCCCGGGUUCACCAGCCGGGUGCGCAAGAUCAGCGACUUCCUCGACAACACCUUCUACCACAACAACCUCGCCAGGAUCGUCAGCUUCAACUCCGACUGGCAGCUCAUGACCCACACCGAGGCCAGGGGCCACGUCCACGAGUACGCCGACAACGCCACGCUCUGGGACGGCGACUUCGCGGAAUCCCUGCUCAAGCUCAGCAAGCUGUCCAUGCCCGCCGGGAGCAAGGGCGGCAUCAGGAAGAAGUGCAGCAUCGCCACCCACCCUCUCUACUAAACAAGUCGUAUGCAUGCAUGAACAAGGUCGAUCCAAUGAAGAAGAGAACCUUUGCCCCUGGCGGUGUGCGGAUUUCUUCAAUAAUCAUGUGAUUUUUCUGGUUCAAUCCAUUCUUUUGAUUCCCAUUGGUUGUGUAUUUUAUUUAUGGCAACAUAUAUGUAUCACGGAAAUAAAGUUACGGUCUUUCAAAUGUAUUACAAAUGAUUUUUUUGGAAAUGGAGGUAUGCCCCCGGC